AUGCAUUUUCAGGUGGCUAAACCUCUGUUGAGCAAUGAGCAAAUACAACAAUUCAUAACAUCCACAGUUCUUCCUAGUGGUCGCUCAGUCACCAGCACUGAGACAGUGAACCCUGAUGUCACCGUGUAUCCUUCUCAACCAGGGGCAAGGAUACAACAACAGACUGAUUUCACAAAUGUACAACCACAGCGGACUUUAAAUGAGCUGAGAUGUGGACAGACCCUACCAUGGGUUUCCAAUCAGCAGCAAUCUCAUCAGAAGAUCGUGCUGCAAAAGCCAACAGAAAUUUACAAUGACCAGUCUACUGUACAGCAGCUGAUCUUAAACAGCCAGGGAAACUUUCACCCCUUACCUCAGAAUGCUUUUGCUGUCCAAUUUCUACACCCGCCGACUUUGUCACAUGCAGGGCAACAUCAACCAAUCUCUGCAAAUCAACUUAUUUUACCUACUAAUGUUCAAGGCUCUACUCCAACUGUUGUGCCAAAUGAAUAUGUUAUGGUAAAAGGACAACAGGUUCCUACCAACAUCAUCAGUGUUCCAUCAGUUACAGGAGUGUAUGACCAGACUGUUCAUAUACCAACUCAAGCAAUCAAUGGAAUAAGUAGUAACUGUUACUACAAUGGUGCAAAUGUGGUGACAUCCACACCUAAAGUGGCGACAACUGGACUGUCAGCUGAUUUUCAUCAGAGGUGUUCUGCAGCUCAGCAUCAGCUUGAAACAUGGAGUCUGAGACCACUGAGUGUCCCUACAUUUGUGGCACCAAUGGAGGCACAGACAAAGACCAAGACCAAAAAGCCAAAGAAAAAUACUACUGCAAAUGUCUCUAAAAGACAAAAUGCAAAUGCUGAUAUUGACAAAUGUGUACUUUACAGCGGCUCAAAUAUGGCAAAAGGGAAUAAAGGUUUGGCUAAAAUUGAUGUGAGAUCAGUGCAGCAGACCACAGGGAAACAAAUGGAACCAACUCUGCACCAGACUCAGAAUUCUGCCUCAACCUCUUCCCUCAAAGGCGACAAGGGAGUCAAACGCAUAGUUGUUCCACCAAAAGUUCAGACAGACCCAGUGGAAUAUCCUCCAUAUGUUGCCAGAAUUAUGAGGAUCCUGAACAAGCAAAAACAGGGUCAAGUGGAAUCAAGUGAUGAAAACAAAAAAAGUUUUGAUUCCACACCCAAACAAAUGACCACUGCUGGAAAAGAUAUCAAGGAUAGAGCUGAUUCUACUCCUACACAAUGUAUUACUGACAAAAAAGCAAUACCGAACUCUGUGGACUCCACCAUUAACCAGAAUGAGCCACAAAGCCUUAGAAGUAAUGAGACGUCACAAAAUGUUGUAUCAAGAACUGCAGUACCAUCCAAGCAGCCUGCACUGGAACAAAAGAUUCAGCAUAAGUCCUUGUCUGAUAACACUGUCAAGAAGGCCAAUGAGGGAUGUACUCAAUUGAAAUCUGGGUGCAGGAAUGAGCCUGGCAUGUCUAUCAAAAAGACACUCCCAGAGGACUACAGGCCUGUGGUUAAUACAGACUUGUUACUAGAUGACUGGUCACCUGACAGUUUUACUUUGUUGGAAGCAGACAGUUUCUAUGGACCAGAGAUUCUUGUCACUUCUGGCGUUCACUGCUUUGUGGCAUCUGUACCUUUCUUCUGA